UAUAUAUUAUCGUUGGUAAAUUAUCAAAAAAAGUGAUAAAGGCGAAUACAUAAUACAUAUUAUCUUAUAAAUACUGAUGAAUUUACAUCACAUACCAAACAGUUGAAUCUUCAUACGAACGAAUAAAGGAAUCGUUUCAAGUAAUAUAAUCAAAAUGUGCAAAUUCAUACUAUACCUAUGCUUCAUCGGAAUCUUGUUUUGUUCUGUUAAUGCUGAGGAAGACGCCAAAUUCACCAAAACCGAUUGCAAUGAGCCCAUUGAACAUCCUGGACCUGGUGAAUCGUCGUGUUAUGCCUAUUUUCAAGUAUACACGUGGGACAAUUCCUUGAAAGGAUGCACAAAGGGAAUUUAUGGGGGCUGUCAUGGUACCAGAAAUCGUUUCCACACAGAAGACGAAUGUGAGAAGACUGCCAGACCAAUAUGUACCUAAUUGGUCAGAUAAGUGACAAAAAACAAACUGUUAUGAUUCCUGAAUUCAGAAUUGAUGAACUAAUGAAGUAAUUUUUGUUUUUCUUCACUUCCUACUACGUAUUAUCGAAUGAUGAUACAGGUUUGUUAAUAUGUAAUGUGUUAAUGUGACAAAACUAAUAAAACCAAAACCACUCCGCUUCAAUAAACAUGGGAGUAGUAUUAUGUGCCUAAUUUGUAUUUGACCUACUAAAUUGGGUCAUCAGAUUUUGGCUGACAGCCAUCGAAGCAACAUAGCAUGAGUCACUCGACCAAAGAAAUAGAAGAAGAAUGACUAUAACCUAACUUGCAACUACAAAAUAUUAUGGUUAUUAUGUAAUUUUCAUUUUGUUUUUAUUUGUGAUUCAUUCAAUUUCAGUCCAUUUCAGUAGUCUUCUCAACAUGUGCAAAUACUAGAAUAGAACCAUAAUGGCGUCAACAUUUCUCAGAAAGUCUCAAAUAAAUUUACGACAAAUUGCCAAAUAUUCCAUAAAUUCAACCCGAUACAGUGAUACUACUUUAUCAACAAAUUUCACCCAUGAUGAAAAAACGAAAAUAUUAAAUACUCUGAAUGACUCAACAGAGGAGCAACUGUCCAUGUGGAGAGUUUCACAAAGUAGAAUAAAGAAUCUCGAAAGCUGGAAGAAAAGAAGAGGUCCAUUUCAAACCCUAAAUGAUGUACUGGAUGUUGAAGGACUCAGUGAAACUAUAUUAAGGAAUCUUUAUGAAAAUAUAGUUAAUAAUCCAGUAGAGGAGCUUCUCAACAAAUCCAAACCUGCUAGUCUGAGAAAUAAAAGAACAAAGCAAUUAGUAACACCUGUCCUAUGUGAAAAUGUAGUCAAUACCAUUACCACUGCUACUGGAAUACAUUUAACCCCAAUGGGUAUAAGUUGGGCAAGACUCUCAUGUGAUAAAAACAAGCUAACAAACUGGAAUUUUGAAGAUUUCUCUUCACUUCCACAAAAAAUGCUACCUUCAGAAACUUUUGAUCAGGCUCUGAACUUGGUUCGACACAUUCCACCAAGUGACUUGUACAUUUUUGAAGCCAACCACCAAUUGGGCCCCCAAGGACAGACCCAGUCUGCCACAGUUUCAUCUUACACCCAAAAGCAAGAGUUGACAUCCAUGCUGUUAGCUUUACUGAACACUAGUGUGAAUCAUAACAUGACCUUGCAAAAUCCCAGUGAGGACAGAUCUAAUCAGACCACCAUUGAGAAUAGGGUGUUCUUUUUGAGAUCCAAAUUGCCAGCAAGGUUAUUCAGGACACUAGUGGGAAACGAAAAAGUUGCAGCUGGGACGAUAAUAACCGAACUGGUGGAAAACGAUGGUAAAAAUAAACUGUUCAACUUACCCUGCACACCAAUCACCAUAGAGGAUCAGCUGAGAGAUGCGUUCAUGUCACGUGCAUCGCCUACGAAAGAACUGCUGGGUCAGGCUCUUCUUCUGGUCAUCAGUUUCAUGGACUUAUGUAUUUAUAAAAACUCCACCAGUUUGUCUGCUAUAUCUAGUAGAAAAAAAUAAAUAUU